UUAAAAGUGAGCAGAACAUUGUUCAUCUCCCCAAAAAAUACCAUGCACAUUAUUUCUUCUUCUUCUUCUUCAUCUUCAUCUUCAACUUCAAGGCUUAAUUUUUAAAUUAUCAGUCCUUUUAAGUAAACAAUAGCUUCCAUUUUUUUUAAUGGCUUCCUUAGACUUUUCCCAUAAACUCCCUUUCUUUUUACUUCUACCUUUCUUCUUUCUUCUCCUUCUUCUUCUUUGCUUCUUCCCACCAAAUAAUCAAAACCCUUUCUCUUCCAUAAUAUUCCAAAAUUUUUCUUUUUUUCAUUCAUCCAAACAACCCCCACCGCCGCUGCAAUCCCCCCUUCAAUUUCCUCCUGCCGUCGCGCCCUCCGCCGUAGUGACGCCGUGGCUUCACUCUUCCACCCACAAGAAAGAUAAAAUGAUCGAAGAUGGCUUGGCCGAGGCUCGAGCCGCAAUUCGAGUAGCGAUCUUAACCCGAAACUAUACGUCGGAAAAGGAGGAGAGUUUCAUACCUAGAGGAAGGGUUUACAGAAACGCAUACGCUUUCCAUCAGAGUUAUAUAGAGAUGGUGAAAAGGUUCAAAGUAUGGACCUAUAAAGAGGGAGAGCAGCCAUUGGUCCAUGAUGGGCCAAUGAAACACAUAUACUCAAUCGAGGGCCAUUUCAUUGACGAGAUGGACGGUGGAAAAAGCCCAUUUUUGGCCCAUAAUCCUGAGGAGGCCCAUAUUUUUUUCUUGCCCGUAAGCAUCGUUUACAUCGUGGAUUACAUCUACAAGCCCAUCACCACUUAUGCACGUGACCGUCUCGUUCGUAUUUUCACGGAUUAUGUGAGCGUCGUAGCCAAUAAAUACCCUUACUGGAACCGAACUCGAGGAGCCGAUCAUUUCAUGGCCUCUUGCCAUGAUUGGGCACCUGAAGUCACACAAGAGGAUCCCAAUCGCUUCAAAUAUUUCAUCAGAGUUCUUUGUAAUGCGAACACAUCUGAAGGCUUCAAUCCUGUGCGAGAUGCAUCGUUGCCGGAGAUUAACUUGCCUCCAAGUUUCCACCUCGAUCUUCCUCAAUUAGGUCAACCGCCGGCGAAUCGUUCAAUUCUAGCGUUCUUCGCCGGCGGAGCGCAUGGAUUCAUCCGCCAAAUAUUACUCGAGCAUUGGAAAGACAAAGACGAUGAAAUCCAGGUCCACGAGUACCUUCCUCGAGGACAGAACUACAGCGAAUUGAUCGGACGAAGUAAAUUCUGUCUGUGCCCUAGCGGAUAUGAAGUUGCAAGCCCUAGGUUAGUGGAAGCGAUCCACGGCGGUUGUGUACCGGUGAUAAUCUCCGAUUAUUAUUCGUUGCCGUUCGAUGAUGUGCUCGAUUGGAGAAAAUUCUCUCUGAGGAUUCCAUCGGAGAGAAUUCCGGAGAUCAAGAAGAUCUUGAAAGGAGUUUCGACGAAGAAGUACUUGAAAUUGCAGCGAGGAGUGAUGAAAGUGCAGAGACAUUUUGAGAUUCAUCGGCCGGCGAAGCCGUUUGAUGUGUUUCAUAUGGUGCUUCACUCUGUUUGGCUUAGACGGCUCAAUAUAAAGCUUACACAUUGAUGUGGCUUUAUGGACAGAUACAGACAUUGAUAGAUACACACAUGGAGAAAAUUGGUCAUUUAAAAUUAAAUAAUUAAAAAUAAAACGAAAAAAAAAAAAAGUGGAAUAACGAUAAUGCGCAAAUUGUCCUUCACGGGCAAAAUGGCAUGGUAAUGGCUUUAAGAAUAUUAAUGGAAAUUUUGGAAAAUAGUUAUAUUGUAUAUUCCCAUUUUAGACAGAGUUUUGCCGUUCAAUGAUUUAUUAUUAUUAUUAUUGUAUAAAUAUUAUAUUUAAGUUUAAGUUUAGGAAAAUUAUUUUAAAUGAUAA